AUGGCGUCGAAUGAUCCAUCAAUUUGUGUACAAGGAUCAUAUGACACUUCAGAUGAUAUGAGUGAUCAUUCUAAGUCCACCGAAAUCAAUGUCCCGUCUCUGAGUGAAGAUGAUACUCAACGUGUUGACAAGCAGGCACAGGAGUUCUAUUCUAACUAUGCAAAGAAAGUUGGGUUCGUGAAUAAGAUUAGGAACACCAACUUUGACAAGACAAGGAAGGAAUCAAGGAUACCCAUUAACCAAUCGAUACAUUGCAAUCGUGAAGGUUAUCAGGAGUCUCACGUGAAGGCAGCAUCCCAGCAAUCUAUCCAUUACCAUGAGUACAGAAAACUGACCAUGCAUGCCAAGUGUGUGAUUGAGGACAACGAUGAGGCUGGCAUACAGCCCAACAAGAUUUACCUCGCACUGGCGAACGAGGUUGGUGGGUCGUCGAAUUUGGAUUACUCAGAGAAGGAUGUGAGGAAUUACAUUACUGGCAAUCUGCAUUGUGCUGAUGAAAAUGCAGAUAUUAAGAAAAUGCUGAGCUAUUUCUCACAAAUGAAAGAGAUCAACCCGAAAUUCUUUUAUGUAGUAGAUGUGAACGCAUCUAACAAGUUUAGGAGUGCGUUGUGGGUAAAUACAAGGUGUUGGGCAUCCUACGAGUAUUAUGGAGACGUGGUGUCGCACAAACUACCGUUCACAUCUUUUGUUGGUGUCAACCAUCACGGAAAGUCCACUUUGCUCGGAUGUGGUUUGUUGGAGAAUGAGAAAAUACGUAGCUUUGAGUGGGUCUUUACUCAAUGGCUGAAGUGCAUCGAAACUGCCCCACAGGCCAUCAUUACGGACCAGUGCAAGGCCAUGUUGGGUGCUAUUAGGAGUGUCCUUCCAAAUACUCACCACCGAUGGUGUAUAUAG